AGUGGGGACAGGUGCUCCGACAGGAGAGUUUCGGAGGCGGAAACCUGCUGGUUCAGUAAGAGAAAGACGUUCCUUAUAAAUGUAUCAAUUCAUUUGUGGUGUUCUAGAGAAGUACAGAAGAAGAGUUGAGAUAUUUGACGAAGAAAACAGGAGAGAAAUGAAAGUGUUUGGAGGUGGGAGAUGUGAGGGGGCAGGACACCUGGCUCGUGCGUGAAAUGGAUACUGCUGCGACCCCUUAAAGAACUGCUGUCACAGUUGCGCUCCAACUCUGAGGACGAAGACACUGACCUCUACAGUGGAUUUAUAGGCUAUCUCUACACAGUUAAAAGUGUGGCAUUUCCACUUUGUUUCGGGUCUUUCUAAGUGUCCACCCACUUCACUUCUGUUGCUCAGUUUCCUCCCUCCAGUCAAAGAUGACAGAGAGGACCCCAUGGUGGAUGGCAUUUCUGCCAAAAAAGAAGAGUGGAAGCUCCAAGGACACCAGUACAUCCCACACCACCCCGCACUUUGACCCUUUUGCACAAAAACCAGAGAAGCAAAAAGUCUCCUGUGAUCAGACUCAACAAGAGUCCAACAUCUUCCGAGAUGACACCUAUGACGACUCAGCCCUGGACACAUACUUCAACGAGCAGACGUGUCGCAGGAACAUGAAGAUUUCACGCUCGGGUCGAUAUAAGGAGAAGCGUAGGAUUCGACAGAGCCUUCCCGUGCAGGAGAAAGAGACAGAUAAUGUGGCCUCAGGCAAAGAGGACAUGUGGGAAUGGCGAGGAGGAGUAGAUGAUCGAAGACCGCAAAAGGAGAGGGACUCGAAGACAUGAAGACGCUUCAGUCUCUAGAGGCAUACCAAGAGAAGCUGUGUGUUGGUUAGGGUGAUGAAGAAGCUUUCAACUUUUUGCCCAAUACUGCUGGAAUGAAGGUUAUUUGAAAUAUUGGAAAUUUUUAAAUUUUUUUUAAUGGACUUGUGCCAGAAGGCCACAGAAACAAUAAUCAACUUGAAAUUGAUUGUAUUUGUCCUUUACGAUGGUUAUUGAACCACUUUGCCAACGAUAUCCCAUAAUCAGCUUAAACAAAGAGAUACAUUACCAUUAGUAAAAGCACUUAAAAGCCAAGUAUGUAGUUAAUGUCCCACUGUGUCCUUGCUAGGGGUUGGCCAAUAUUGAUUUUUUAGGGCAGAUACCUAUACCGAUUAUUAGUAGUUAAUGAGACUAAUAACCAAUACUUGGAACUGAUUUGCAUUUACAAUAAAAAUUAAAAUCUUUCUGUCAAUAUUUAGACUUUGGAAUAUAACAAACUCCAACACAAAA